AUGAUUGUGGACUUCAGGAAGAGCACUGUCCCCCCACCCCCACCCUCCAUGAUGGACUCCCCCAUCACCUCUGUGGAGUCCUUCCGUUUCCUGGGCACCACCAUCACCCAGGACCUCAAGUGGGAGCCGACCAUCAGCUCCCUCAUCAAGAAGGCCCAGCAGAGGAUGUACUUCCUGCGGCAGCUCAGGAAAGCCAAGCUGCCUGCACAGAUGUUGGUGCAGUUCUACACGGCCAUCAUCGAGUCCAUCCUCACCUCCUCCGUCACCGUGUGGUUCGCUGGAGCCACAGUCAGGGACAAACAGAGACUACAGCGCAUUGUGCGCUCUGCAGAGGAAGUGAUCGGCCGCAGCCUUCCAUCGCUGCAGGACCUGUACGUCGCCCGAGCUCGAGGCCGGGCUGGUCGUAUCACAGCCGACCCCUCUCACCCUGCACAUGGACUAUUCCAACCACUCCCCUCAGGCAGGAGGCUGCGGUCCAUCAGGACUAGAACCUCCCGCCACAAGAACACUCUUGAACACUUCUUAACCUGUCCCCCCGCCCUCUAUAAAGUCACUUUACUGCCCAUCAUACGUCACUUUACUUCACUGUACUGA